CCGAAACGAGGAACGACCCCUGACCACCCGGUAGCCGCUACACUCUCUUCAACCCCAACGUUCGGGCAGAGGCUGCCGUUUGGAGCGGGCGAGUCGCCCUCUGCCGUGUGCGCAUCCAAAUCCAAACAUGGUCAAGUGCAGGAGGGUUCGGCGAGCGGUAUCGGCCAGGACAACGGCAGCGCUAGUGCUGCUCGUCCUACCGACGGCCGUGGCCUUCUUGCACCCCAGCAUCUCUUCGGUACUUCCUCCUGCUACAGUGCUGUGCGAUGAUGGCGCCAAAUUUUGCUGGCUGGAGGACGGCGGCGCAUCAUCACGGGGCGGCGGCGGGACGAAGACCAGCAGCAGCGUCGUCGGCGGGAGGAUCGGAAGGGACGGGGGAGGAGUGGCAUCGUUGCGAGCGGAGAUUCUUCCGGAGGGCGGAGUGUCUCCGUGCAUCAUCAAGGUGGUGGGCGUGGGGGGCGGUGGCGGUAAUGCCGUCGUGCGGAUGAAUCAGCAGACCAUACCCGGGGUGGAGUUUUGGUGCCUCAACACCGAUGCCCAGGCGAUCAACAGCAUCCCGGAGGCGAUCAAGACCUUGCAGAUCGGAAAUGACGUCACCAGGGGGCUUGGUGCGGGGGGCGUGCCGGACAUUGGGAAGCGAGCGGCAGAGGAGAGCCGAGCCGACAUCGCGGAGGUGGUCGCUGGAGCAGACAUGGUGUUCGUCACCGCGGGCAUGGGGGGCGGGACGGGUUCUGGGGCCGCGCCCAUCGUGGCCGACGUGGCGAAGGAGAUGGGAGCCUUGACGGUGGGCGUGGUGACCAAGCCCUUCGGGUUCGAGGGGCGCCGCAGACUGUCUCAGGCGAGCGCCGCCAUCAACGAGCUUCGCGGGGCGGUGGACACGCUUAUCGUUGUGGCGAACGACCGGCUGCUGGAGGUCGCCGGCUCUGGCAUUCCCCUUGAGCGGGCGUUUAGCGUGGCCGACGACAUCCUUCGCCAGGGAGUGGUAGGUAUCUCCGAGAUAAUCGUUCGACCGGGAAUCAUCAACGUCGAUUUCGCGGACGUACGGUCGGUGAUGAGCAACGCAGGCACGGCGCUGAUGGGCAUCGGCUCCGGGGAGGGCAAGACGAAGGCGGAGGACGCCGCCAACGCCGCCAUCUCGUCCCCGCUGCUCGACUCGCCGAUCGACAAGGCCAAGGGGAUCGUGUUCAACAUCAUCGGGGGGAACGACAUGUCCUUGCAGGAGAUCAACGCCGCGGCGGAGGUGAUCUACGGAGAGGUGGACCCGACGGCCAACAUCAUCUUCGGAGCUCUCGUGGACGAGCGGAUGGAGGGAAGGAUGAGCAUCACCGUGCUCGCCACGGGGUUCCAGACCAAGGAGGAGAUGGCAGCCGUGCAAGGAGGAGUCGGCGUGGCGAGCCAGGGGCAAGCCGCGGCAGCACCGCCGGGGGCGAUGAGGCCAUCGACCAAUCCGUACGCGGGACGGGGCGGCGGCGGCUACGGGCAGCAGCAGCAGCAGCAGCAGCAGCAGCAGGCACCAGCAAAUCAGUUGCCGCCGCAGGCGCCCCGCCGCCUGCCGCCGCCAGGUUACCAGCCACCUCCUCCCAAGCAGGGCGGCCGGGCUCCUCCACCGACGACGCCUCCCCUGCCCGGAGGAGCCAAUAACCCUUCCGAUAUCCCGGACUUCUUGACACGUCUCAAGCGCAGCCAGCGUUGAUAUUCUAGGGCGGGCUUACUUCUUUCUGUACAGACAGACAGGUGCUUGGAGCAAGGCGAUGAACGACGGUGGCUAGAACCGGGUCCGGUUUGUGUGAGGACGGGUAUGGGAUUGGUCGAGAGGGAGGAGGUUGAUUUGGAGUGUUGGGAUUAAAUUUUGUUUUUCAUGUGCUUUUUUUUGGGGAAAUUAGAGCUUGUCGUUUGGCCCAGGCAUUCUCUCCCUUGUGCCUUCAUUUCUUUUCGGGAGGGGCGCUGCCGAAGGGUCCCCCUUUUUUGGAAUUACAAGGUGCUUCAAGUUUGCUGUUUGUCGUUUUUGGUGAUGGAUUUUCACGUAACGAUAUCCUUCCGCCUUUUGCCCCCGAUCCGAUGGGAUGGCUCCGUGCCGCGAAUUGUCGUCCCGCUCACCCCCCCUUAGCUGCGUACCCCCCCCCCCGGCCGUUUUCCCAUCCUCCGCCCACAAGUCGUAGCCCGUGUGUCCCUUUCAGUUUUUUUUUUCCCACAGGAUGUUUGGAGGUGCCCACCUCGAACGUGUCUGGUGCUGGUUGCUGUCUGCCUCAAUCGUAGUACAUGGCAACCAAAACGGGGUGCGAGUGUGUAGUGGUGUGCUACGACGAUGCGCGGGUGUUUCAUGUGUUUUUUUUCGUGCGGGGGUGAUUUUUUUUUUCACGUUGGCGUCCGGAGGACCGUGCGCCGGGGUUGGGUUUCCAAGGGAAGUACCUGGUAGGUGUGCGUGCGUUGGUGUAGGGCGGCAGAUCACCAGCUGUCGACGCCGGCGUGAGUGAGUAGCCGUGCGCCACCCCCUCCGUUGACACACACUUCAAAGUCCAGUCGGCGCUAGAGGCGGCGGUGGUGGCAAUUGUUAUGUUGUCGCUGUUUCGCCGUCUUUUGUUUGUUUGUCUGUUGUUGUAGUGGUCGUUGUUGUUGUAGUGUCGUUGUUGUUGUUGUUAUUGUUGUGUAUUUUGGCCUUUUUUUCGUCAACCAUUUUUUCGGCGGCGUUGGUCUCUUUGUUUCUCGCGCGCCUUAGUCCGUAGCUGUGCAACAAGUGAAGUUGUAUCACAAUUUUUAUCUACCGUGGACUGUAUGAUUUUUUGUUGCCCAACUGGCCUCCUUUAUUGGUUUGCCGCAAGAGAGGCCUUUCGUGCCCUGGGUCUGGGUUAUUGCUGUGCCUUGGGCACCGUUCUUACGAUAACCUUGCCUGAGCACCCUUUCUGUCACGUGGUACAUUCGCACAUGUGCUUUUGUGGAGGUGGCGCUGAUGCUGUGCGAUCUGCACCUUGUGCGUGUAGGGGGGGGGGGUGCGAUUUGGCUGG